AUGCAUAUAAGCAAAUACUUAAAUAAUGUUAAUGUUGAUAUUCUUGAAAAAUUACCAGUACCUUUUGGCUUAGUAAGAUAUGGUGUUGCUCCAGAUCAUCCGGAAGUUAAAAAUGUUAUAAAUCAAUUUACCAAAGUGGCAACUAAACCAAAUAUCAAUUUUUAUGGAAAUAUAUCUUUAGGAAAAGAUAUAACUUUAUAUCAACUGAGACAACAUUAUGAUGCUGUGCUUUUGACAUAUGGAGCAGAGGAAGAUAAGUUCCUGGGAAUAGAAAAUGAACAGGGGCAAAACAUAGUGGCUGCAAGAAAUUUUGUUGGCUGGUAUAAUGGACAUCCAAGAGAUACCAACCUGAAGGUCGACCUAUCCGGUUCAACGGCAGCUAUUCUUGGACAGGGAAAUGUUGCCUUAGAUGUAGCAAGAAUACUUUUAACUCCAAUUGAUAUUUUAAGGAAAACCGAUAUAACUGAGCAUGCUCUCUCUACUUUAGCUGAAUCUAAAAAUUCUAUUUUUACCGGUUUCCUUAGAGAUGGUGUGAAACGCAUAGAUCUCGUUCUGGUUAUCAACGACGAUGGCGAUGGGAAGGUGGAAAUGUUCAGGGUGAAUUUUCUAAACAAUGUGAUAAAAGCAGGCCUUGAAAUUGAGUUAGAAUCGGGAGUGGAGAGCCAUGAGGAAUUUAUAAACGUCGGAAAUAAAUUCCAAGGCAUGGCAAAUGAGAGGGAACUGAUCAAGGCCGUGAGAAUGCACGACCUGGGCCCAAUAAAUUAUUCAUCUUUGGAGAGAAGCAUAAUCGUGUACAGAGUUCUCCUAUCGCUGCCAUUUGGUUUCCAUGAAAAUUAUUUCGGUUUAAACAGAGUGAGAACAGACUACAAUCGCGGAAAAUCGGUGAACUCUGAAAUCCCUUGCUGGGAGAAAGAAUACGAGCUAUGUCCAAUCGACGAAGACUUCCUUAACGACAAAUAUAUGAGCUUAGCCCUAGCACAUGUGGCUGUACAUAGAGCACAAAUAUCGGGCAGUAAUUUGCACUUCAGACAUCCGGAAUAUGGAAGACAUGGUGACUUCAGUCUCAGCACUUUAAGUCGCUUCAUGUACAAGAAUAUCCCUUCAAACACCUUCCCCGAAUUGAACAACAAUUUCAACUGCUCUUAUUUUCAGGCCCUUUUGGAAACCUGUAGCUUCCCGAUUAUGUUGGAGAAGUUUAUCCCGUUAAAUCGUUAUUGGGAAGCAAAGCGACUGAAGUGGUGGUUUAUUUUCUUUUAUGAGGAAUCACUUAUUGGAACCAAUGUUCCAGAAACGUUUGCAGCGCGUACAUUUAGGGAUGGUGUACGGAAAAUCGAUCUGAUAAUUGUUACAAAAGAUGAUCAGGACACGGAGAAUGAAAAACAUAGAGUUAAUUAUUUAAUUAACAUUGUAAAAUUCGGACUAGAAAUUGAGUUAGAACCUGGCAUUAUGCAAAUUCAUAAGAAUGUUGUUUUCGUGAAAGUUCACGCCCCGGACACGGUGCUUUAUGAAUAUGGUAAAGUGUUCGGUUUCAGACGUUUUAAAAACAGUCGAGAUGAAUUCUUGAAAAUGUCGUACGAUUGGGAAUGGAUAAACAUAGUCAGG